AUGCCGCCGCCGCGCCGCUCCUACAGGCCGCAUCCGGUGAUUGAGUUCGCCAUGGCGGAGGCGGACUCCAUGAUCUCCCUGCCAACGGACGUCCUCGACGACAUCCUCAGCCGCGUCGGCCCCCGCGAUGCCGUCCGCACGUCGGCGCUCUCCUGCGCGUGGCGACGCCGAUGGGAGGCUCUUGCAUGGCUAGAUCUCGACUUCGAGGACGGCCUCGAGCACAAGAGGGCCGUCGACAGCAUCCUCCUUUGUUGCCCCGGCCGCGUCCGGCUCUUCCGUGCCUUCAUCGACGAGUCCAGCCGCAUCCACGACUGGCUCCUCGUCCUCUCCCGCCGGGCCAUUGAGAUCCUCGACAUCUCCGGUUCCCUGACCCUCCCCUCCUCCGUCUUCACCUGCGGCCGGCUCACCUCCCUCCAUCUCUCGUACUGCGCCAUCCCGCUGCUACCCCGGGGAUUCAAAGGUUUGCCAGAGCUAAGGAACCUUAGUCUGCGUAGGGUCGACCUGCUGGAAAAUGGCCAGUACCAACUGGAGGAGAUCAUUGCAAUUGCAACCUCACCGCUGCUCGAGGAGCCGACACUUCAGCAUGUGGACAUCUCUGGUGACUUCAAAAAGUGGAUGAUUCAGGGGCCUAAUCUGCGGGAUCUCCAUAUUCAUUCGGCUAAUGAUUAUGGUUGGGAUCUUGGGGGUCUUCCACGCCUGGAUUCUGUCGUCAUUGAUAUAUGUGAAUCUUUACGGAAUCGCGAUUUCUCUAAAUUUCUCUCCAGCCUUGCCAGCCUUACCGAGCUUCGGAUAUCUACUUAUCAUCAACCGUUAAAUGGGGAUAAUAUUCUAGAGUCACUUCCAUGCACCUUUAUCAACUUAAAGAGCUUGACACUGCUGACACAUUUCUGUAAACUUCCCUCCAUUUUGUCAACCUUUUGCUUUCCGAGGAAUGCUCCAAGCCUUGAAAGCCUCAAAAUACAGGUUGUUUAUGGUUAUGGCAUGGGGAAGAAAUUUGAGGCAAAUGGAGAGUUUCAAAAUGCACGGUUUACUGAUGGCAUGUGUGCCAACCUUCAGUUUGUGGAUAUGACUGGUAUCCGCUUGUUUUCAAAUGAAAUGUCCUUCAUAGAGGUUAUUCUCUCUAAAGCAAGGCUUAUGCACACAUUAUCCAUUAGUCUCAGUCAUGUUGUGGAAUUGGCAAUAUCUAAAGAGGAUGGACUUAAGAAGUUACUAAACUACAAAAAAGCUUCAACUGAUGCUGAGGUUAUAUUUGAAGGUAACGAAUCGUACCAGCGUUAUUGCAUACCAGCAAUGCAUUGA